AUGAAUGAUGAUUCCAAUGAAACAUAUAUAACUCUUGAUGGGUACGUAGAGGUGCACAGAUACAGGUAUCUUUUUUUUGUGGUCAUGCUGACCGCGUACAUUCUUGUCCUCUUGUUUAAUUCUGCUGUUGUGUGUGUGACCUGGAUUCAUAAAAACCUUCAUGAGCCCAUGUACAUUUUCAUUGCAGCUCUGUUGUUCAACUCUGUUCUCUUCAGCACUGUUAUUUAUCCCAAGCUUUUGAUCGACUUUCUCUCGGAGAAACAAAUCAUUUCACAUUCAGCGUGUCUCUGUCAGGUUUUUCUGUUUUACUCUUUAGGUGGGUCUGAAUUUCUUCUGUUGGCAGCGAUGUCUUAUGAUCGAUAUGUGUCUAUAUGCAAACCUCUACAAUACCCAGCUAUCAUGAGGAAAACAACCGUUAUCUGUCUGCUUCUUUUAGCCUGGCUCCUACCUGCCUGUCAGCUUCUAGGGUUCACUGUCCACUAUGCACAACAACAGCUAUGUAGUUUCACUCUGAGAGGAAUUUAUUGUAAUAAUUCAAAUGUAAAGCUUUACUGUGUUUUAUCGAGAGUGAAAUCUCUUUAUGGUUUGGUUGUGUUGUUUAAUGUUGCUCUGCUCCUGUUGUUCUUCAUAUUCUUCACAUAUUCCAGGAUCUUCCUUGUGUCUUAUCGCAGCUAUGGAGCAGUCAGGAAAAAAGCUGCAGAGACCUGCCUACCCCACCUGAUGGCUCUGAUCAGUAUUUUCUGUUUCAGUGUGUAUGAUGCCGUUGUAAUUAGACUUGAAAAUGAUCUUCCAAAAACAGCUGGCUUUGUGAUGAGUUUUCAGUUAGUUCUGUAUCAUCCUCUCUUUAACCCGCUCAUGUACGGGCUGAAGAUGAAGGAAAUCUCUAAACACCUGAAGAGGCUGCUCUGGAGGCGAAGUCUGUGCCUGAGCUAA